AUGCCGCUCGAGGUGGCCGUCUUCUCAGGCGAAUCGGCCCUCAAGGCCCAAAGCCAAGGCGCCUCGCGCGUCGAGCUCAACGCCCCCGGGUCGUACCACGUCGGCGGCACCACGCCCCCCAUCGCCGAGCUCAAGAGGAUCGCGGCAAAGGUCACCAUCCCCGUGCGCAUCAUGAUCCGCCCCCGCGGCGCGCCCGGCGACGGAUCCCCCGACUUCGUCUACACGCCCAAGGAGGUCGCCGCCAUGGCCCAGUCGAUACGCGACUUCAAGGCCACGGGGCUCCUCAACCCCUUCCGCGGCGACGGCUUCGCCGGACGCAUCCAGUUCGUCCUCGGCGGCGGCCUGCGCGCCUCCAACGUCGAGCGCGUCGCCGGCCGCUUCAGCACCUACGAGAAGGGCAGCGUGUGGAUGCACACGGCCGCCCUGAGCAGCCGUCCCGACCACCCCGCCGAGGAGAUUGACUCCAACGAGCUGGUGGGCAUGCUGGCAAGCUUGGGUUCCGUCCCGGUGCGGUAG